GGUUUUAUAAUUCCAAAUUAAAACAUGGCGGAUGUAAACAGUUGACGUUGAUCAUAUUCAUUCCAUUACAAACGAUUGUUGAACUUGUAACUAGAUUCUAGAUCUAGUCCUAUAAUUAGUUCAAGUUAGAUCUAAAUGAUAACAAUAUUAAUAUGAACUAGGCAGUGAAUGGAGGAGGAUGAAGACAAAAGUUCGGCUGCUAUUUAUUGGAGCAGCCAUAUUUGUUAUUUAUGUGUCAUAUAAAAUACUUGAACCAGAACUGCUUCGUUACAAAAAUGCAUAUAAAAGUAAAUGGAUGAGCACCGAGGGCCAGAAUGCAGAUGAAGCGGAACCCAGAACUGUAGCAACCAGCAACUCAAGUUUUAAUAGGGAGAUGAAUGGUAGUGAAAUAACUAAACAACAGAUAAUUCAGACUAUGAUAGAAAACUACAAACCAAAUUUCUUCUACCCACUGGAGGAAUCUCCAUGGGACAUAGCAGCUAAAUGGGUUGAAGCGCGUCAGAUUUAUCCUGACAAUGCUAAAGAGUUAGGGGCAAUACUCAAGGCCAUGUCACAAGGGACCAUAACAUCGGCAGACUUUGGCCAGAGAGGGACACAACUCAAGCUGACUCUGUUGAUAGACAACGCUCAGAAAGUUGUUUUCAAACCAGCCUGGUAUCCCAGAGACUAUGUUGUAACAGGUACACCCUACUCAGGGAGAGACAGACAUAAUGGAGAGAUAGCUGCAUUUUAUUUGGGAAGUUUGUUAGGUUUAAGACGGAUACCUCUAGUCAUUGGGCGCAGGAUACACUUUGAGAAAGAGAUUUUGCCUGUGUCCACCAGUAGGCUGAUAACAACUUUCUUUGAAAAAGAUGGUGAGUCUUGCUUCUAUGGUAGAUGCCGUUACUGUAUGGGACCUGAGGAUGGUGUGUGCACAACCAAUGGGGUAAUAGAAGGGACAAUUGUGCUUUGGAUGCCAUCGCAGUUCAAACUGACCCUUCACAAACACCCUUGGUCAAGGACCUACAGAGAAGGCGUUCAGGCAAAGUGGGAAACAGAUGAUCAUUACUGUGAUAAAGUGAAAUCAUCGCCAUAUUACAGCACUGGACACAGGCUCUUGGAUAUCAUCGACACCUGUAUAUUUGAUUACCUGAUUGGCAAUGCUGACCGUCACCACUAUGAGACAUUUGAGGGUUAUGAAGACAGCAUGCUUAUCAUGUUGGAUAAUGGCAAGAGUUUUGGUAACCCUGAUAUAGAUGAAUUCAGUAUUCUAGCACCACUGUACCAAUGUUGUCAGAUCAGAGUCACUCUGUGGGAAAAGCUGUUGGCAAUGAAAGAUGGCAUCCUAAGCCAAGUUCUAGCAGGGAUUCUUUCUGUGGACCCCAUUACCCCAAUCCUGACCCAGAAACACCUGGAUGCCUUGGACAGGCGGUUAAAAACAGUAUUAGAACAAAUCCAUGCUUGUAUAGCAGAAGUGGGCACACAUGCCCUUGUGUUUGAGUCUUCCAUUAGAUAAGUCUGGUCUGUUGUUGAUAGAAAAUUAUGAUAUUGUUGAAUUUUGUUAUAUUCACUUUAAUGCUAAUAAUCUUAUAUUGUUUUGAAUCAAUGUGUGAAACUCUUUUUUUUUUUACUCUUUCUCUCCGUAAUUAUUUACCACAUUCUGGUGAAAUCAACCCUGGUAUCGUCAGUUAGGAGAGAAAGAGUUAAAGUAUUUUAUUAUUUGUAUUAUUAUAAUUCUGAAUGAGAUAGUCUCACAUGAUUGUGACAAACAUCUAACUAAAUCUAGAAGGCAGCUUUCAAAGAUGUGGUAUUACCUGAGGUAAAUAUUUUAAACAAAAAUUGUUGCAGCAAAACCAAACAUUUAACUUGCUGGUAGAUUUCGCUUACAUUUUUUUUUUUUUUUUUUUUUCAUUUCUGGCACUUUAAGACUAGAAUAACAAAAUUUUGAGAAAUUGCUAGAUAUAAGACGAUUGGUUGUGUUUCCACCACAUGACAUACUCAGUACUUACUAGAACAAAAAACAGAUAAAGUUUUACCCUUCUAAUAGAUCCUUAAGUCUCACAGCAAAAUUUGACAUACUAAAUAUCUUAGGUAACAAUAACUACUGGUGAAGGAGACGAAUGAUUUUCAAAAAAGUUUUUUUGUACUGUGUAUUUGUCAGCUUGUUACAAUAAGAUGAAGUUACAUUUCCUGCAUCAGUAGAACAAUGUUUUUAUUUUCCAAAUCGAUGUUCUUUGUAUGUUGCUGUUUUAAACUUAAUGUAUUGAAAAUAGAAUUCCUUCUAAAUUAUUGCAUAUUAUUGAAUGUCUUUUUUUUUUU